CUCUAUCUAUUUAUUAGUCAUCCAUCUUUCUCAUGCAUGAUCACAUCGUGUGUGAUCGAGGACAGAAUCCAAUCCAAUCCAACCGAAUGUAUCUUACACCUUCUCUUUCAUCCUUCCCUUAUAUAAAGAGACCUGAGACCCGCUAAGUUUCUCAGAAAAGAUUUACAGAUACCACAAAGCACAUACAUAUUCUAAAUCCGCUUUUGAGUAAUUCGUAAAGAAGAGGAUGGAUGCAGUGAAGGUAUUAGGGUCUGCAAGCCCGGUGGUGAUUUUCAGCAAAACCAAUUGCUGCAUCACUCAUGCAGUCAAUGUGCUUAUAAGGGAUUACGGGGCCAACCCCGUGGUAUAUGAGCUGGACAAGCUCCCAAAUGGGAGGCAGAUGGAGAAAGCAUUGAUGGAGCUGGGAUGCAACCCGAGCACCCCGGCAGUGUUCAUAGGGAGGAAAUUUAGAGGGGGAUCGAAUGAGAUUAUGACCCUCAAUAUCAAAGGGGAGCUCAAGCAAUUGCUUAUUGAUGCCUAUGCUAUUUGGGUAUAGAACUAUAGAUACAGCAUAUACAUACAUAUGGUCGAGAGUUAAGACUAGUUAACAUCUACUUUACAGCUUCAUCUUGUGCAAUAUUGAGGAACUCUUUUUGUUGUAAUGUUAGUGUGUAUGUGGGAUCAGCAGAAUUAAAUGACACACUGCAUUUUACGUGA